AUGAUAAAACUGCAGGACACUGACCACCGUCAUCGCUGUGUGUGGAGAGAAGGCCGGAUAUCUGCUGUCAUUUCACUCACAACAACUGACGAGAUAAAGACGUUCAGCAAUAAAAUGAACCACCAGAAACGUUCUGACAGCCGGACUCCUGAGGACAUCGGGAGGUUCCGCCAUCAGCUGUCUGCGUAUCCCGAUUCAUCACUGACGAGGAUACACGAGUAUUACAGAGAUUGUCUGACCUACAUCCUGGAGGACUUUGACCAUCAUACUGUCCUCGUAGAACUCAACUCUCGGAAGGUGUUAAAUACAGAUAAAUACCAGACAAUGGAACCGUCUUCCUUCUCUCAGACCUUGUUACAAGAUAUUCAGGAUCGGGGGAGAAAAGCUGUGAUUGGACUCUGGGAAUGUCUCUAUUCACUAGAGAAAGAUCAUCCUCAUCCAAAUUUAUUGGUGGUUCUGGAUGAGAUUAAGCAGAUCGGUGAGCGUCUGGUUGAGCAGAUUUUGCUGGAUGAACAUGGACACUCACUGACUCCAGAGCUGAAAGAUAUUCAGAAAAAGCACAAACAACAUCUGAUGGAGAAGACGGAGACUCUAGUGGAGCAUAGACCCCCAGGAGCUACCCUGGAACCACAAAGAUUCCUCAUCAAUGAGCGUUAUGUGGAUCUGAUUGUAGUCUCCUCUGAUCAGUUCAGGGAACGUCCCCAGAAUGAGAUAAUACAGACCGGGGUGAGACAUGAGAAAUGUUUGAAGAAAACACAAUCUGAACUAGAACAUAUUUCCCCCAACAAGCUGUUUCGCUGGAGCCACCAGUCACAAUGUGCACCACAUGCAGUAAUGGUGAGCGGAGUGCCAGGAAUAGGGAAGACCACACUGAUACAGAAGUUUGUCUAUGACUGGGUGACCGGAAAACACUACCAGAGAUUUGCUUUUCUCUUCUUCUUCAGAUUCCGGGACCUUAAUAGGCUGGGAGAGGUCAGCUUGGAGGAGAUGAUUCUUCAACAAUAUCCUUAUCUGAGGAGUCAGAUUGGAGAUAUAUUACAACAUCCAGAGAGACUUCUGUUUAUAUUUGAUGGCUUAGAUGAAAGUGUUCACCAAAUGGAUUUCAGAUCAUGCAAACUGUCCAAUCCAAAACAGAGAACAGAUUUUGGUGAGAUUGUGGUCAGUUUGGUGAGGCAGAGUCUUCUUAUGGGUUGCUCUGUACUGAUAACCAGCCGCCCAACCAGACUGGCCUCAGUUGAUACUGGUGCUUUCCUGAGAAUAUCUGAUAUUUUAGGAUUUUUCCAUGGAGAUAGAAUUCUCUUCUUUAAAAAUUUCUUUGGAAAUGCGGAAUUAUCAGAAAAGGCUUUUCAUUAUGUGCAGGAGAAUGACACGCUGUACACUUUCUGUUAUAUCCCAUCAUACUGCUGGAUCAUCUGUACAGUGUUAUCAAUGUGCUUCAGAGUCCAACCAACAAUCACUGAUCAGCUGAUGACAUCAUUGCCCAAAACAGUGACACAACUCUUUGUGACUUUUGUCUCCAACAUUCUGGCCAAUCACAACCAGAAUAAAGAUGGUGGUCACCCUGCCCGGGAAGUGCUGACAUCUAUUGGGUGGAUGGCAGAACAUGGAGUCAUGAAUCGCAUGAUUGUAUUUGAUGAGCGUCAUCUGGACUCAUUCAGUGUGAGAAAUGAUACACAUCUCUUUUCAUGUGUCAUGAUGGAAUCUGGUCAGCCUCCUGAUGUGGAUUACACCUUCUUACAUCUCACUCUUCAGGAGUUUUUUGCUGCUUUAGUCCAUUUCAUUAACUAUAAUCCGGACACAUUACAGGAAGCACUUGAUAAAGCUGAAUCUUACAAUGACGGCCGUGCUGAAAUCUUUCUCCGUUUCCUCUGCGGUCUCUCAGACUCUUCUACUAGAUCCAUGUUAAAGUCUCAUGUGGGAGAAUUGUCUACUCUGGCUGCCAGACAUGUCAUCACCUGGAUCCAGAAGAAAAUGCUAAAAGAACGAGGAUACAAGAGAGAUCUUCUUAAUGUCUUCUACUAUCUCCAUGAGAGCAGGAAUAAGGCUCUGGUGUCACAAUGUGUUGGAUCAAACAAAGUUGACUUUUCUAAUGUCCCCCUCAGCCCUCUGGACUGCUCUGUGCUGUCUUUUAUCCUUCAAUCCUGCAGAGAGACACAAGAAGUAAAUCUAAAUUCAUGUAAUAUUCAGAAUGAAGGACUAAGAAAGCUUGUACUGGCUUUUCACAACAUCAAGAGUAUAAGUUUGUAUAAUAAUCAGCUGACAGACAUUUCCUGCCCCGACCUGGCAUCUGGAAUAAGAAAUAACCAGACACUGAGGACACUGAACCUGACAAGAAACAAGCUGGAGGGUCCUCAUUUCAGGGAUCUGAUGGAAGCUAUGACAACAAGCCAGAUAGAGGAGUUACUUUUGAGGAAUAAUCAUCUGACAGACAUUUCCUGCCCCGACCUGGCAUCUGGAAUAAGAAAUAACCAGACACUGAGGACACUGAACCUGUCUGAGAACAAUCUGGAGGGUCCUCAUUUCAGUGAUGUGAUGGCGGCUCUGACAACAAGCCGGAUAGAGGAAUUACAUUUGGAUAAAAAUCAUCUGACAGACAUUUCCUGCCCCGACCUGGCAUCUGGAAUAAGAAAUAACCAGACACUGAGGACACUGGACCUGUCUAGGAACAAACUGGAGGGUCCUCAUUUCAGGGAUCUGAUGGAAGCUCUGACAACAAGCCGGAUAGAGGAAUUACAUUUUGGAUAUAAUCACCUGACAGACAGUUCCUGCCCCGACCUGGCAUCUGUAAUAAGAAAUAACCAGACACUGAGGACAAUGAACCUGUCUGGGAACAAUCUGGAGGGUCCUCAUUUCAGGGAUGUGAUGGAAGCUCUGACAACAAGCGGGAUAGAGAAAUUACAUUUGGGUGAUAAUCAUCUGACAGACAUUUUCUGCCCCGACCUGGCAUCUGGAAUAAGAAAUAACCAGACACUGAGGACACUGGACCUGUCUGGGAACAAUCUGGAGGGUCCUCAUUUCCGGGAUGUGAUGGAAGCUCUGACAACAAGCCGGAUAGAGGAAUUACAUUUGGGUGAUAAUCAUCUGACAGACAUUUUCUGCCCCGACCUGGCAUCUGGAAUAAGAAAUAACCAGACACUGAGGACACUGGACCUGUCUGGGAACAAUCUGGAGGGUCCUCAUUUCCGGGAUGUGAUGGAAGCUCUGACAACAAGCCGGAUAGAGGAAUUACAAUUGAUGAGUAAUAAUCUGACAGACAUUUCCUGCCCCGACCUGGCAUCUGGAAUAAGAGAUAACCAGACACUGAGGACACUGAACCUGUCUAAGAACAAUCUGGAGGGUUCUCAUUUCAGGGAUCUGAUGGAAGCUCUGACAACAAGCCGGAUGGAGGAAUUACAGAUCAGUGACAACCCCAUGUCAGAUGAAGCAAGAAGAGAACUAAAAAAAGACCUCCAGCCGGGGCUGAAGGUUGAUACAGAACCUAUAAAUUGA